UCCCAGCCGCUCGCCCCGCUGGCUCGCCCGCCCCGCCGCCUCGCCCGGCCGUCCCGCUCGCCGCCGCCUCCUCUCCUCCCCCGCGCCCCGCUCCUCCCACCUUGCCGCCGCCUCCUCUCCCCUCCCGCGCCCCCCUCGCCCUGCCCAUCCAAGCUCAGGGUCGAGGGGCGGGCCGGGUCCGGGCGCGGUGGCUCGAUGGUGAGCGCGAUGGAUCUCGAGCUAGCUCGGGCGUGUGGACGCGUUGGUGAGCGCGCCAGCGGCCGUGGCGAGCUCGAGCCCGGGAUAAACCUAGCGUCAUGGUCGCCAUGGAGGCCGGCGCUGCACCUGCGCCGCCGGUUGGUCCUCCCCGACACCGUCCGGGCCCUCCUGCACUGCAUCACCCUCCUACCGCGCCUACUAGACCUACAGGAAGUGCUCAUGUAUCAAAUUCCAGUUGUUACUCAACCUGUAGUGGAUUCCAUUUGCUGAAGAUAUCGUCCAUUGUCACCAGUGCAUCCUUCUAUCUGGCCUUCACUGAUCAGUGGUGCUGCUGUGUGAAUUUGUGCCGCUGUGUCGAAUUGGGCGGAGGCUUCCCUGUCAAGAAGAAGGUGCAGAGAAGCGCGGAGGACAGCUCGGUGGUAGGGGCGACGUACGAGGGUGAGCACAACCACCUGCGCCCCAUGGGGGCGGCGAGCCGAGCUUGCGCAACGCGGGGCAGAGGCUUGGUGUUGUGCUCCAUCUCCAUCAACUCCUCCGGCCCAACCACUAUGCUGGACCUCACCAAGAACGGGGGAGGCGUGCAGGUCGUCGAGGCAGGGGAGGCGCAACCGGACCUGAAGAAGGUGUGCCGGGAGGUCGCGUCGCCAGAGUUCCGGGCGGCUUUGGUGCUCCGUCCAAGGAGUCAAACCUCAUCCGCACCGCCUGCUUCUGCUUCGGGUGCGAGCGCCCAGAGAUCGUCAGGUAUCUGUCAAGAUGGGAUAUUCAGGUCGCUCUGCGUAGUGGGUGCCUCAUCAUUUACAGGAAAGUUAUUAAUUCUAGGAAGCGAUUGCGUGCUCAUGUAGGACUUGAUGAAGGAGAGGUAUGUCCCAAGUGAACUGGAUUAUUAUGAUGAUUUCGUCGAUUCACACUCCUUUUUAUCCUGAAAUAAAUGGCUUUCACCUUUGGGCAGUUCAAGUGAUGGAAGAUAUUGUUUCAAUGAUAUUGAAGCUUUUUAGAUACUAUGGCAGUUAAGGUUCAUUUGAAGUCGCGGAUGGAUGCAUGAUUUAUGCAGAAAUGUAUAAGUGCCAUGUAGUGGUUAAUUAGAGGUGUAUGGAAGUACAAGUACGCUGUGGCUAAUUUGUUCCCUCUUUUAUUGUUGUUACCGUGUCCUAUCUCAGGUGUUCUUCGACUAAAAUCAGGCUGCUCCUGCCAUGUCUACCAGUGAAAUGCCUCCUUCCAUGAUAAAGCAGCCUACUCUUAGGUACAGAUCUUGGUGUUGAUUCUGCCUCACCUUUCCAGCCGGCAGUGGUUCGGUUUGCUGCAGGUUUCCUCGGUGUUCAGGUACUUCAUGGCAGCGCCGUGGACAGCAUCACCAUAACCACAUUGAUGGUCCAAGCCCAACUCACGACAUCAUUUUUAGUUGGGUUGUGAGCACCUCAACAACUCAACAACAAAUAUACUUGAUGUGUAGCCGCAUAUACUACAUCAUCACCGACAUCAUUUCUAUGACAUGCUCAAAGUGAUGUAAUUAACCAAACCAUUACUGUUAUUAGUGCUUAGUUCCUCCUAUAUCUUUGAGAGAUUCUAAUGAUGGAAUCAAUGGACUAUAUUUCCUUCAAUCUGUGGAAUAUAUAUUGUGUAACCAGUAGUGGACUGGGUGGGUGCU